AUGGUGCUACGCUCAAGCGAUGUAGUUCCCAAUAAUGCUCGAGAGGACCAGCGACAAAAAUACCGGUCACAAGUUGCCUCGGCGCUCAAUGAAGAAGAUGACCCUCUGGCAGUUUAUCAUCAAUUUGUGCAAUGGACAGUCAAAAACUACGGAGAGAAAGACCCCAGCUCUGGGUUACUGGAACUUUUGGAAGAGGCGACGGGGCAAUUUAAGGAAGACCCCAUAUAUAAGACGGAUCUCCGAUACUUGAAGCUUUGGGCACUCUACGCAAGGCAGAUGGAUCGAGCUGGUGCCAUUUCGAUCUUCUCGUUUCUGGUGGCCAACGAGAUUGGGACCUCAUAUUCUGCGCUAUACGAGGAUUAUGCAACUUUAUUGGAGCAAGAUGGCAGGCUACAGGAUGCAGAUAUGAUAUACAAGAAAGGCAUUAAGCGCCAGGUACGACCGCUGGAGCGUUUGAAGAACAGAUAUCGGGAAUUUCAGGGCCGGAGGGGAUCUCAGCUCAGUGCUAACUCGCCAGGAUCGUCAAUACCCAACCCACAGGUGACCCAAUUUCAUACCACACCUGCAUCUACAUCCUCAACGUCCUUGCCAUCCUCAUCCACUACCAAUCAAGUUAUUCUCAAUUCUACGCCGGCCUCGCGCUAUGCAGUCAUGCUUGCUCCUCCAGCUCCUGGCAAGCGACCAGAGAAACUAAGAUUCAACAUGUCGCUUUUGUUUACGGAUGAUCGUGUUGAAUAUUGUAUACAAGAGUCCAGGGCUCGCUCUAUGGGCCUUUUAGGAAAGAAAUGGCCUCCCCCAUUGACCGACUCCUCACGAUUUUCUGCCUCAUCCUCUUCAUCCUCUUCUUCGGUUCCUGUCGAUUUCAACGAUGAUGGCCAAAAAUCUACCAGAUACCUUGGGAGCGGAAGGAGAAGUUUGAUAGGUGGUGGACCAGAACCGACAGUAACGAUCAAUACGAAGGAGGCUUUAGCGGAUGUGUUUGGAAUGUACAACUCUCCAGAGAAGACAACGAAGCUUGCUGUCCCCGGAAGCAAGUAUGCUCCCCUGAAAAAGAUUGAACCCGUGACCCCCGUCGUUCCUCUGAGGGCCGCGUUUUCACGAGAGAACGAUAAUGGGGGUAAAGCGAAGCCACCGACAGGAUUCCAGCCAUUUGUAGAUGAAAACGCUCAGCAUCGGACGACUCCUGCAGCGAAGUUUACACCUUUUGUCGAUUCACAACAAAAUAAAACACCACUCAUUACGUCCAGGCCUGCGCUUCAAGCCAAAGGACUAAUUACCCCGGCUGCAAAAGCCAACCCGCUGAGUCUUAAGUCUGUACCAGAAGAGAAACCAUCCGAGGUUGUAUUCUCUAAAGUUUUCACUCCUGCUCAAAUCAAACCUGUCCCUCUCGCUCCUCUUCGAGAUGUCUUCACCGAUGAUCAUGGGAAACCCUUGCCUAAACCAAAAUCCACUCUUACUCAUGAGCGAGCUAAAUCGCACCACGACCUAUCAUCUCAUCCUGCAGAGGGCCCUCGAUCCUCUCCAUUCACACCGUUCUUAGAUGAAAAUUCGCAAACUCCGUUCAAAGUCUUUAGUCGGCCUCCGGAACAGGACGAAAACGCUAGGGGUAUAGCAACUCCAAAAACCCCGUCGGUCUUCACGCCAUUCGCAGACUCCGGAUCAGCGUUCAAACCGUUCAAGGAUACUCCUUCAUCAACUUUCAAGCCAUUUAUUGAUCAGGAGGCUGUCGAAGACAAACACCCGUCAGAACUUUCACUGAUUGCAGCAGAGCCUGAACUUCCAUGGACCAAGUCGGUCACAAAUAUAGAGAAUAGCGACGAGGAGUCAGAGGAGGAUAAGGUGGAGGAGGCGCAGUACCUUGACCAAGGUGAUUACGAGGAAGAGGAUUCUCAAUUGGAGCAAUACGAGAUACCCCUGGCGCCUGAACACCUCCCAGAGGAGUACGAGGAGGAGCAUUCUUACCAGGAGGUGCCACUAGGAGGUCGUUUUGGUCAGUUCAAUGUUAUGACACCCAUCACCGAGCGAACCUUUGAAUUCACCACGAGUACACGAGGCGCUACACCUAGUGGUCGCUUCGGGCACCCAUUACAAGAUGGAGAAGGUUCUCCCAAAUCCAGUGUGUUUAUUCCUCCACGGCGCGACGAGCAUGCGGCAAUCGAGGCAGCGGAACGGCUUGCAGCUGAGCUGCAGCAUAAGAACGGGGAGGACGACGAUGAACUAGAAGCAAGCGACUUCAUUGAGCCUUUGCAUUUGCAAGUACCCCAGCGUGACGACCCUGAUAUGGCUGUCAUUGAGGAGAGGACGGGCUCGCUCAGCCUUGGUGAUACAUUAACGCUGAACUCUAAAUUCCGACCUCCAAAUCCAUGCAACCCAUUCGACCCCCCAAUUUUGUCAACCCUUCUCUCGCGCAUCCCAACAGACCCAUACUUCCACGAUUUGCGAGACCAGCCUUCCAAAAGACUGGAUGAGCUCCAGAAAUUCUUCAAAAAAAGCAGGAAGGCUAGUGGGUCCAGUAAUAAUGCUGGCACCCUUGAAAUGUCAGCUUGUUUCCCUUUGACGUUGGAAGGCAAUAGAUUCAACGUCUCAGAGAAAAUUGGAGAAGGUGGCUUUGGGUGCGUUUUCAAGGCUCGUGAUGUGGGCACGCGUAUGGGUGACGAGGAUGAAGAUGAGGAAGAUUACGAGGAGGAGGACGAAGAAGGAUCUUCUCUGGUCGCUCUUAAAGUUGUUAAACCAAGGAAUCUUUGGGAAUAUCACGUCCUUCGAAGGUUGCAUUCAGCUUUGCCAUCUUCCCUCCGACGGUCUAUUGUGCUCCCCCACGCGCUGUACGCGUACAAUGACGAAAGUUAUCUUGUCCUCGACUUUUGCUCGCAAGGGAUGCUUCUCAGCAUCGUCAAUAACGCCGUCGCAGCUGGGGUCUCGCAAGCUGGUGCUUGUCUUGACGAACUUUUGGUCGUGUUCUUCUCCAUUGAGCUUCUCCGUAUACUAGAAGGCAUGCACAGCGUUGGCAUCAUCCACGGCGACCUGAAGAUUGACAAUUGCCUUUUACGAUUAGAAGAUAUCCCAGGUGGUAAUUCGGCUUGGUCGAGCAUAUACCAGCCCUCUGGCGAAGGAGGAUGGAGCUGCAAAGGUCUCAAAGUCAUUGACUUUGGGAGAACUAUCGACACGAGGCUGUUUCCACCUGACCAACAAUACGUUGCUGAGUGGGCAACAGACGAACGCGAUUGCUUCGAGAUCCGAGAAAACAGGUCUUGGACAUAUCAGACGGACUACUACGGUCUCGCUGGGAUCAUACAUUGCAUGUUAUUCGGCAAGUACAUUCAAGCAAAUUCUGUGGUGCCUCUUUCGCCUGGGGAACAUCGAUACAAGCUCAGCACUCCUUUCAAGCGUUAUUGGCAGACAGAGUUGUGGUCUAGGUUGUUUGACGUCUUGCUCAAUCCUUGCCUCGUUAGACCGAACGGAGAAUUGCCCGUCUGUGACGAGCUCAGUGCGCUACGGAGAGAGAUGGAAACCUGGUUACAGUCCAAUUGUAAUCGGACUAGUAACACUCUGAAGGGCUUGUUGAAGAAGGUGGAAAUGUCCUGUUAUGUUCGUUGA